UGUGCCUCCAUUCUCACCAUGCACUGGAUGAGACUAAAAGAGGGUUGGAUCCUCUGCAGUUCAACAUGUCUUAGGAGGAUAUACUAACUGAAAGCCAUUUGAACGUCCUUGCAUACAGACAAAAUUAUCUCUUGGGCAAAGAGGGCUGAAUGACCUGCUGUGGCCAUUCCUGUGGCUACAGGAACAGUCCUGUGAAUUUGAAUGAAAAGGCGUUUGGAGAUCCACAAGAUUCCUUGGACCCAUUUGGAGUUGUGCUACAGGACAGGGAAAGAAUGGAGACCCAACCUUCAGGAAGUGAAUUAACUGGAAAAGGCCCUUCUGCUGUUCAGCCUGGGAGCUGUGGGGAGUUCUGGGCAAGAACUGGGCAGAAGAUCCUGGAGGAGGAAACCAUCCAUUCAGAAGGUCAGCCCUGGAGCUUCAGGAGCAUCCGAUAUCAGGAGGCUGAGGGUCCCCGAGGACUUUGCAGCCGACUCCACUACUUUUGCAGUCGAUGGUUGAAACCGGAAAAGCACACAAAAGCGCAGAUGCUGGACCUGGUUGUCCUGGAACAGUUCCUGGCCCUCCUGCCCCUGCAGAUGGAGAGCUGGGUGCGGGAGUGUGGGGCAGAGACCAGCUCCCAGGCAGUGGCCCUGGUGGAAGGCUUCCUCCUGAGCCAGGCGGAGGAGCAGAAGGAGCAGGUCGAGUUGCAGCCCUUUGCUGUGGAGAUCAGAGAUGCUGAGGGAAGGAGGAAUCGAUCAAAUCCCCCUCAGGAGCUGUUUUUCAGGAGUUUCUCUCAGGAAGAUCCAAAUCAGGACACCUCAGGAGGGAAGAAUAGAAUGAAGUUGACUGUUCCCUGUGGUGGAGCUGGAACAGUGGUUGAACCUCCAACUCCAGAGGGCCUUGUGUCCUUCGAGGAGGUGGCUGUGUGUUUCUCCGAGGAGGAGUGGUCUCAGCUGGAUCCUCACCAAAAAGUGCUGCAUUGGGAAGUCACGCUGGAAAAUUGUAGGAACGUGGCCUCUCUGGGUAAUACUGGGCAGGAGAAUAAAGAUUACAGUAAACCAUCCCAAUUGUUCAGGCAUGGAGACGGAACGGAGAAGCCUGCAAUUCAAAUGGAAGUAGGAAGGCGUGAGAGAGACCAGCCAAAAAAUUGGAAUCAGGAAAGCUCAUCUUCCGUUGAUUCUCAGAUGCAAGACUUUCUUUUGCAACAAGGAAAAAUAAAGAAAAAAUAUACUGGGAAAACUGUAAGACAGUUUAAAGACAAAUUAGAUGUCAAUGAACACUAUCCAACCCAAACCAAAGGAGAUAAUAUACGCCGAAAGAAUGGAAAAAAUUGCAAUUGGACUUUCCUUCUUUCUAUUGAAAAUGGGUCCCUUACGUCUGAUAAAAGGAUCCACACAGGAGAGAAACCAUACAAAUGCAUGGAGUGUGGAAAAGGCUUCAGCCGACUCAGAAAUCUUACUUGCCAUAAAAGGAUCCACACAGGGGAGAAGCCAUAUAAAUGCACGGAGUGUGGAAAGAACUUUAUUCAGAGUAGUGAACUUACUCGCCAUAAAAGGACCCACACAGGGGAGAAGCCAUAUAAAUGCAUGGAGUGUGGAAAGACCUUUAUUCAGAGCAGUCAACUUACUUGCCAUAAAAGGACCCACACAGGGGAGAAGCCAUAUAAAUGCAUGGAGUGUGGAAAGGGCUUUAUUCAGAGCAGUCAACUUACUUGCCAUAAAAGGAUCCACACAGGGGAGAAGCCAUAUAAAUGCUUGGAGUGUGGAAAAGGCUUCAGCCGACUCGGAAAUCUUACUUCCCAUAAAAGGAUCCACACAGGGGAGAAGGCAUAUAAAUGCAUAGAGUGUGGAAAAAGUUUCAGUGAGAGCCGUUCCCUUACAUCUCAUAAAAGGAUCCACACAGGAGAGAAGCCAUAUAAAUGCAUGGAGUGUGGAAAGGGCUUUUAUAACAAUGCAUCCCUUAUCAGGCAUACAAGGAUCCACACAGGGGAGAAGCCAUAUAAAUGCAUGGAGUGUGGAAAGGGCUUUAGCCAACUCAGAAAUCUUACUUCCCAUAACUGGAUCCACAGAGGGGUGAAGCCGUAUAAGUGCACCGAGUGUGGAAAGGCCUUCUGUGAGAAUGCAUCCCUUAUGAGACAUAAAAGUAUCCACACAGGGGAGAAGCCAUAUAAAUGCAUGGAGUGUGGAAAGACCUUUAUUCAGAGCAGUCAACUUACUUGCCAUAAAAGGAUCCACACAGGGGAGAAGCCAUAUAAAUGCAUGGAGUGUGGAAAGGGCUUUUAUAACAAUGCAUCCCUUAUCAGGCAUAAAAGGAUCCACACAGUGGAGAAGCCAUAUAAAUGCAUGGAGUGUGGAAAGGGCUUUAGCCAACUCAGAAAUCUUACUUCCCAUAACUGGAUCCACAGAGGGGUGAAGCCGUAUAAGUGCACCGAGUGUGGAAAGGCCUUCUGUGAGAAUGCAUCCCUUAUGAGACAUAAAAGGAUCCACACAGGGGAGAAGCCAUAUAGACGCAGAGGGCAUGGAAAGAGCUUAAUGGAGAGCAGUGACCUAAAUCCCCUGCACUGAUCUCUUUGGCGGAGAAUCCAUGUAAAUUCUAGAUUUAGUUGGUUAAAUCUAUGCGAUUCAUAUUGAUGUAUGCUGACAAGCAAAUGAUGGUUUUUUUGAGUUUGACGCUCACAACUGGCAAGAGAGAUGAAUGUACCAAUGAAAGUAAAAGCAAUGGGCACGUGUCAUUUUAAUCAUGAACUGUGGGUUUUUGAAGGUACUGUCAUUUGAAGGUGGCUGUCAUUGGAAGGUGGCUGUCAUUGGAAGGUGGCCCCCUCCCUUUCUCAUUCCUUAAUACACUCACAGUUCAUCAGAGGACCCUACACUUCUCUGUGCUCACAAAGUUUGGAAAUGUCGCAGCAGAGAGAUUCUGGGGGAUGAAGCAGUAUUAUAAUCGAAAGGGAACUCAAGUUCCAUCAACGUAUACAGAGAGGGAUGGAUAGUGACAUUGAAUUGUCCCAUUGAAUAAUUGUGGUACUGAAUUAAAACUGGCAACUAAGAGGAUCUGUGCUUUGAAUCCUUCCUUCCUUCCGUCUGUCCAUCCGUCUCAAGUUAGGGAUAAUCAGGAGAAUGAGAAUGAAGGUAACUCCAGUGUGCUGACCUUACAAACGAUGAAGCAAGAAGGGAGAUAUUUGGAAAUCAUUGGGGACCAAUGUAAAAUAGUAUGACAUUAAGAAAAGCUAUUUCAGAAAACUACUUCAGCUCCUCCUGACCAAACACAUACAAAUGAGAAGGGGAACUGUCUCUGGGAUGUGAAGCCACCAAAACAUAAUCAGACUGGCAUCCACUGUGUAGAACAGACCAGCGCAACAAGCAUGUGUGCACAAGCAUGGAACCCUUUUUCAGUCAAAGGCCUCUCCUUAAGUGAGAGAAUUGUCACAUACACAUCAACGUCUAGUGUGUGGAAAGUGCUCCAGGAUGAAGAAUCCUUCUCUGACAACAGGAGCCAGAAUGAGGAGAAACCCACAAAUGCAUGUGCAAAAGACUUUCCAGCAUCACAGCCAUAUUUUGCCUUUCUGGGGUGUGAUGAGGGC